AUGAGAGGUUCACAAGGUGCUAUUUUUCUAUCUAGGUGUUUCUUUUUAGAACGUCCUUUAAAACAGUUUUUGGCUGAACUGAAUACCUAUGUUUGCUGUGACCAUGGCCACCCGUACGGUAUAAGUCUAGUUUUGCAGAUUGACAACGAAAAGCAAUCCAGCGGAUAUAGUCUACUGAAAAACUCAAUAUGUAGUGCGCAAAGAAGUGGCAACAAUACAAAUAUUUCGGCGUAGGUAGCAUGAAACAACGUUGUAUAACUGUUCGUCAUGGUCACAGAGAUGGAACAGAUUGAGUUCUGCCUGUAUUUACUUAUGCAAUUUUUGCAUAGUACGCCUUGAGAGUAGCACAAUUGGCAUUCAGUAUUGGUGAGAAGCGUAGGGGCCUUUCAUUUUUGACGUACAGGCCGCAGAUGGAUCAAGCUUUGGCGAACUAUUUCAGGUUUUCCAUAUGAUCUUGGUUUAAGUUACACAAAGACAAAAAUUUAA